AAGAUGGAAGAAGACUCAAAGCUACACCUGAAAGAGUGGCUGAUAGCUCAGAUAGAGAGUGGGAAAUAUGAAGGGCUCUGUUGGGAAGAUGAGCAAAGAACAAUGUUCAGGAUUCCCUGGAAGCACGCUGCCAAGAAGGACUACAAACAGACGGAAGAUGCUGCUCUGUUCAAGGCGUGGGCUGUGUAUAAGGGCAAAUACAGGGAAGGCAGAGAUAAAUCCGACCCCACCAUGUGGAAGACCCGACUCCGCUGUGCACUUAACAAAAGUACAGAUUUCCAGGAGGUGCCUGAACGCAACCAGCUUGACAUCACUGAGCCAUACAAAGUGUACCGCAUCCAGCAUGACAGUGUUCCUGGCAAGCCUGCAGAGUAUCUUCAGAAAAACUAUCAAGUGGUGAAACAGGGGAAGCCCAGAAGCCCCAAUGACUCUGGCAAGCAGAAGGAAAUGCUCCUGACAAGCAGGGAAGUGAAGCAGCUGCCUGAAGACCUGAUAAGGGAGCACACGUACUGUGACAUAACAGGAAAGAAUCAGGCUGCAGCUCCUGUAACUUUCUUCAGCCCUACACUCGAAAUAACAGACCUUCGUAUGCAGGUGAAGCUGUUGUAUCAUGGCCAUAUGGUGAUGAAAGUGACCACCACCAGCCCAGAUGGGUGCUUCAUCCUACAGGGCAGAGUUCCUUUGGGAAAUGAACAAAUCUAUGGACCCUGCUCCGUCCAGCAGAUCUCCUUCCCCUCCCCCAGCUCAGUGUGUCUGCCGUCCUGCAUGGCAGAGGCAAUGAAUCGUCUUCUAUGUCACCUAGAAAGGGGGGUGUUAUUAUGGGUGGCGCCAGAUGGGGUCUUUAUCAAGCGCUUUUGCCAGGGCAGAGUGUUCUGGAGUGGUCCCAUGGCGCAAAACACUGACCAACCAAACAAACUGGAUCGAGAAAAGACGUUCAAACUGCUCGAUACAGCCACGUUUCUCAAUGUGCUCCAGAACUGUUUACAGGGGAAGGGGCCAACACCUUCUUAUGAAAUUGAGCUCUGCUUUGGAGAGGAGUAUCCAGACCCCAAUGUACCUAAAACCAGGAAGCUGAUCAUAGCACAGGUUGUUCCUUUGUUUGCUGUGGAACUAUUACAGAGGUUCAGCUUGGAAGAAACUGAAGGGAAGCAUUUGAGUCUUACCUCGAAGGCAGAGAGAGGCAAUGUGUUGUAA